UUAGCAUGGAACUUUUGGACAUAGGACGACAUUGUGCAAAGUCCGAUUGCAAACAAUUAGAUUAUCUCCCCAUUAAAUGUCAAUAUUGUAAAAAAGAGUUUUGCUUCAACCAUUCAAAGCCCAGCGAACAUAAUUGUAGCGAUGCACCUAGUGGAGACGGUGAGCGAGUUCCAAUCUGUCCCUUGUGUGGAGUGCCUGUUCCGAUUGUCAGAGGCGAGGAUCCCAAUAUUAAACAAAGGGUUGUAAUCCACCACCCACAACUAAUUCAUCGAAGCCAUUCAACUCAUGCUCUUUUAGUAGAUGCAAAGAAAGGGUUGCAAUCCGUGUGA